AUGUCAGAGAACUUUACUGUUAAUACCUUCUUUGAGAAGAUAGCCAAGGGCUUACUAAGAUCGGAAGAAGGAGUUGAAUAUCUUCACAACCACAGAACAGCAAACAAACAAUUGAUCAACUUUGGAACAUGGAAGUUGCUUCAGAAUGGAUGGGACAACAAAUCAUGUCAACAACUACCAGAGAUGGUAAAGAAUUGGUUCCAAACCAUGGUGAACAAGGACAGGGCGGUGUUUAUUCAAGGCAAUGACAAACAAAGUGGCGUCACGUUUGUACAUUCAGCAAUAAACAGAGUUGUUGAACAUCUUGGAAGCAGAUCAGAUCCUAGUGUCGUCACUCUUGUAUCAUCAAUCAAAGAGGCCCACGAAACUUUACACAGACUCUAUCAGGCCACUGCCAUCCUAUCCAAUGUGUUGGUACUCAAACUACACUUUAACAUGAGCAUGAAAGGAGAUAUGUUCAAAUUGGUUGGUGCUAGUGUACACGUUCUAGAAGGAGACUCCACCAUGCCAGUGUUGGACAAUAAGGUAUCCUCUGGUGUCCUCAAGUUUGAGGGUCGUGAGGUACUCUAUAACAUGAUGGACCUAUGGAACUAUCUCAAGUCUAUGGACUUCACACAGCCUUUCGAUCCUGACCAACAUUCCAAGUUCAUUCAACUGUGCGAGCUCUACUCGACCCCUGAAGAGCCCUUGACUCCAGAAGUUGUCCACCAAGCAAUCAAAAAAGCAUUUAUAGUGGAGGAUCUCAACAUUGGAAGGAAUACCCUGUUCAAGUUAGCUAACAGACACAUACGCCACACAAUCAUAUCCAAGUUGAACGAACAACUAUGUGGAGGAAUUGACUUGAACAAUGUCAAGACCUUGUCAUUCUUCCAAUAUCCUUUCUUCCAGGAACCAUGCCAAUCACUGAAAGGAUUGUUAAUCAAUCGAGUUGUGAGUGCCUACACAACACCAGCGCUGGAGCACACUCACCCGAGCUUCAAAGAGGCUAUUGGCAACAUCCCAGAUAUGUUCUAUCCAAAUGGCAAAGCAUCUGAAAGCAUCUUAGUCCAAUGCCUGGCCAGGAUCAACGAUAAACUCGUCCUACCAAGGCCAGAGAACUUAAACUUUAUUGGAGAGGGCAAAAUUGUCGAACCAUUGGGGAAUGGAUUCAGCCUCACUCACUGUGGACAUAAGAAGAUCUGGUAUGACUUGAGGACAAUGCAAAAGGCCAACAAGAUCCAACUUCCAGUAGGCCUGGACAGUAUCCUAUCCCAACUCAAUACCGGUCUAGACCCAAAGUAUAAGGACAUCACUGCCUUUACGACAGAGUUCGAGAAGUUGAAGUUCGCGGACACUGAUAAGGACUUUAUUAUCAACAUAAGUUGUGACGCUAUAGGGGAGAUGAAAACAAUUGCCAACAAGUCAAUCAUGAUCCCUAUUAUGGACAUUGCUACCAAAAGAUUCGAGGUGAAGAUGACGCAUCUUGAUUUCACCGAUACUUUAUCCAACUUGUGCAAAGAUGAUCGACAGUCGAUAAAUAAGAAACAAUCAUGCCAAGCUAUUCUAGAGCUGGCUGGAAUUGAUAAACAAUUCUAUUCAGUUGGUGAUUACUCUGUCUUCAUUACCAAAGAUCAAAUGCAAGUCUUGAAGCAGAAGAACGCCAUGAUGAAUUCUACACAUGGAUCAAAUCGUAUCCUCUCUCCUAUUUCUUUGCUCAACAUCGAUCUAUCCACACAAUCAACACCAUACGCCACACCGACCAAAGAUAGAACCCUCUACUUGAAUGAUCCACAAACUCCUUCAAGCUCCAACAUCAGUACUCGUUUGGACCUCAACAAUCUGAACCAACAACUCCAAAGAAAUGCUGAGAGUGCCCAGGCUCAAGACAACCCUUUGACUCAAAGACCUCCAACAACAACAACUACCACUACAACUACAUCCAAAGCAACCAACAAAUAUGUUCUGCCAUUGCCGGUGUCCAGUCCCAUCAAAGUGCCAAAGAGGGACUUUAAUGUUCCAGUGCCUGAGUUUGACCUUACAGAGCCACUGAGUUUCACUGUGGCCAAGAUCGGCAAUGGAAAGACUAUCUUUGAUGGUAUAUAUCUAUCCGCUCUGUACCAGCAUCAUGACCUUUUAUUGUUCGUAUUGAACGAUAUUUUCCUUAAGAAAGAACAAGUUGAUGCCAAUGGUCGACCACUGGUGGCAUCCGGUGCGGCCACCUCUGGCGCUGCCAAGGGGGAUGGCAAGACCAACGUGUUUGAAUUGUAUGUCACAGACUUGGAGCAAUACUUGUUGUUCUAUUUGUUUAUUUUGGAGAGAACAAAGGAACUGAACCAAAUGAUGGAGAAGUUGAUCAUGGGGUUGACAUCAUGUCUCAGAACCUAUCAAUCACCCAAUCAUCCAAUCAAUAAGGUGUUGUACAAGUCAAGGAUUGGUGAGGCAUUACUCAUUUACUACAACCAUCUCCUUACCAACAUGCCGAACCAAGUUCGAUUCAUCAAUGUCCUCUCCGAGUUCUUUGUCGAGGCAUCCUCCAACUUACCUUUUGUAGAUUGGAUAUCCAAAUGUCAUCGACAAAGAGUACUCCUCUACUCAUUGUUGAAUGUAAAGUUGUUGGGUCGUGAGUUUGAUCGCUCAACGAGGAACCUAUUCUCUACACUUGCCAACAUCACAAGAAGUGAACAAGUUGUCAAGUUGCUCAUCCAAGACAGCAUCAAAGACCGCGAUAGUCACAAUCCCAACGGUCCAAUCCCUACUACAGCUGAGAUUGUCGACAAGUUUGCCAAAGAUGAGAUGACAUUGGUACACAUACUAUCCUUUGCUGGCAAAGUUGUAGUGAACAAUGAUGGUGCCAAAAUGUUGAUCGACUCUGGAUUGAUCAGCAAGGUUGUCAAGGUACUCGUACUCCGAUCGUCAGUAUUGACCAGUUCGUUCGCUCAGUUUGUCAAUGCCUGCAACCAAAACUGUGAUAUGGCUGAGCCAAUUGGACAACAACUCUCUGGAGUGCUGCCAAUAAUGUUCUACAUUCUCCUUCAGAAGGAAAAUGACAACAACAUCCAUCAGGCGAUCUACAAAGCAGUGAAGGAGAUGUGGUCCACUACUGUUGUGGCAAUGGAUUUCACCAUUGACCUGCUUCCAGAAGCUCUAAAGACGACACUCGACCAAAGCAAAGCCAUGCAAAAUCGAGAAGUCAACUUUAUAUCCCAGCUACAACAGUGGAGAACAAAUGUUACUGAUCCUGUCAAGAAGGUUAUCAUGACCAAGUGCCUUAGGGAUAUGAACAAACGUGGCAUCAAUUUGUAA